AAAGAGUAAACACUACGCCGAAAGAGUAAACACUACGCCAUCAACGUGGCUGUUUUACGACCGGCCUCCUUCAAAGAAGAGGCGUAAGCUGCGAGAACCAUGUGAUGCAGACCACUACCUUUCCGGUAGAUGUUGAUGGCGUAGUGUUAUCUCGUUCGGCGUUGUUUUUUAUUUCGGCGUUGUGUAUUUUCUUUCGGUGUUGUGUUUGCACAUAUAUAUAUAUUGGGGGGGGGGUCAUUGAGAGACGCCAACGUAGUUGGCGGUAACGAUCAACCGGAAGUAGACGAAGUAGAAGUGGGAGGUCCCGUACGGAAAAAAAAGGCGGCAAGACUGUUGCAUUUAAAAUGCGCGGGAUACCUGCGCUGCUUCACAUUCACACGGAGCUGUAGUCGUUGGAGUGUUGGAGAUCCACCACUACAUUACAGGAUAAAUCCUGGAAACCUCUGGUUAAAAAUGGAACAGAAGUUGGAACAAAUUGACAAAACUGUUGAGAUGGAAAAAAUGGAGAACCCGAAUGUGGAGAUCAGUCAAUCGAGUAAUUCACCACUCGUUGCAAUGGUAGAGGAGCCACACCCAACCCAUUCUUUUGUGUGGUGCUUUCAAGGCAAGUUCACGUCUUUUACCUGCGACAAAGCAAGAACUGUUGAGGACUCGCUGAAACGAAGUCCACGAUUUGGAGGAAUUGCAAAAAAGUACAAGGACAAAGAGCUUGUUGUUCUAAGAGAUGGUAAAGCUAUCAGUUCACACUUUCCAUGCAGCUUAAUUAAAGAUGAGCGUUUAACUGUCAAGUAUGUCAAAGCUGUAGACAAGACAAAUCAACCUGGUCGUGGCUCUGGUCCUCCCUGCAGAAAGGGGUCCCCUGAUGAUCUUGUGAUGUUUCAUGUGUUGACAAAGGGUGGAAAAGAUAUAGUGCAAAUCAUGAGAAACCCAGAACUAAGGAAAGUCGUUCAGGAAAUGACUGUUUAUGCAUACAAAGGUGAGAAGGUGAAGCAAGCUCUUAGACGAGAUGGGCGUUUUCUGAAUAUUGUUUUCAAAAAGAACUGUGGGCUCUCUCACAUAGUUACUGAAGUUGACAGCGAAAUGUCCGAUCUGGUCGACCAUCUUGAUGGUGCUACUUACAAAAUCAUACUGCUCAACAAGUGUUUACCAGAAAGCCAGCAGAGCAGUCUUGAGGAUGAUAACAAAAUAUCAAAUGUGUCUAAGGGGUUUGACCACGAUGAGAACCAGAAUGCUUCACAGCAGCCGACCACAACCGUGUCAGUGAAUGACGCCCCGGAGAGGAAAACAAAACCAGCACCAGAAUUAUUUUUCCUUGAUAUGCCUGAAUCAGAAAAACUGCAGCGUAAAUUGUUUUUGCAGUUUAAACAUUUGAUGAAAGGAAAGGAAUCUGUUGCUAGGCUUUCUAGUAUCCAGAAUCGCUUACGUGUUGAUUAUGGAAAAAGUGCUGAGACAUGCAGGGAAGUGAGAACAAUGAAGAAACUGAUGGGUCUUAGUGACAGUGUUUGCCAAGUCAGAGUAAAUGGGAGCCCACUCGGAAGUGGCUUCCUCCUCUUUGGCAAUUUUGUCCUCACAAAUGGCCAUGUAGUCGAAGACUUAAAUAAAGAGAAUAUAGGGCUGUACGUUCACAAGCUCACUGUCCAUUUCUCUUUUGAAAGUCUAGACCAGGUGGAGACAGGACAAGAGUUUGUAGUAGAAGAGGUUGCUGGCUCUGAAUAUUGUUCUGAGCAAAUGCAUGACUGGGCUUUGUUGAGGCUCCGUGCUAAUCUGAAACUGCCUGAUUGUCUGUUGACACAGUUUGGAUACUGUCCACAAAGCAAUGGAGUUUGCAUUAUUGGGCAUCCUGAUGGUGGAAUGAAAAAAAUAGAUCCAUGCUUCAUCAUUCCGCCUGAUAAACGCAUCCAGGCUGUUGAGAAGGAUUUCUAUAAAAAUAAAGGGCACGUUCAGUUGGUUACUCCUCAAUUCUUUGAGGGUGUGGCAGAAAGCGUCCAACGUCAUGCCCAAGUUGUAAUGUACAACACGUGUUUUUAUUCUGGGUCAUCUGGCUCCCCUGUCUUUGAUGAUCAGUGCAGAGUUGUUGCAAUGCAUUCAGCGGGAUACAAGUACCCCGGUGCAAGGGGUGAAACGCGGAGUGUCAUAGAGUUUGGCUAUCGUUUGUCCGACAUUAUGGAACGCAUCAUUAUCCAACUGGUAGAAAGACGGAGGUGGGACGUGUUGAAGGCUUACCUCGCUUGCAGUUUUGAACACCAACAAAACGUGAUGAUCAAUGUGAGGAAACUGGUCCAGAGCAGAAACAUCACUGCGUUUACAGAUGUGAUCAGUGGAUCAGAGGCCAGGAAUGACGAGAGCUUAAAGAAGUUCUUUGCGUUCUUCUCUCAGACAGAGGAUCCUGCCCCGAUGGACACUGAGUAAAGAGUACACAGGCCGUUACAAUACUAACAGCAAAGGCUGUGGUCUCUGUUUUCAUAGGAAGGCAUUAGUUUAGAAGUAUUGGUGGACAGAUACAAAACUUUGUUUUAAAAAGUAACCAUUAUCACUUUUUGGAUUAACGAAGCAGGGAUUUUUCUGUCAUUUUCAGCAAGUCAUGUUGAAGUCUAAAUACUAUUUGUUGAAGCUGUAUUUUGUUUAAUUUGUGAAACAAACAUCUUUUUUUGUAAUCAAUAUGAGUGACAAAGACCCAUUGUCUGAGUCUAAUUUCUUCCAUUUUACAUUUGGUAUUUCGACUUUUAAGAUAAUGAUUCAACUUUUUGUUAUUACCCGUAUUACAUCUGCAGUGCUUUGUCACACUAUAUCAAUUGUGUUGGUUACUGUUUUGGAAAGGCCUCUUGACCUGAUAAUUGUAAUGCCAAAGGGUCUUAUUUGGUUGAAACUGGGACAUGUGUGUAUAUUUUUAACUAAGAAUUUUUAUUAAGAGAUAAUGAUGGACUGUGGUUCAAUAAAUAAAUGUUUCAUAUAUGG